AGUUCUUGCGAUUGCAUCGCGAUUCAGGCACGCUCUCGAAGGAUCAUUCCCUCCGAUUCCGAUUCGCAUCGUCGACCAUGUCCGCCGCGAGCUCGCUCGAUCUGCAGCCGUCUCGUUUCUCGGCUCCGGCGAGCAAAGCCAACGGCGCGACGCUCGAAUUGAGGAUCGCCUGCUGCUCCAUCAAGAACCCUAGCUACGGAGCCCCGUCCGCCGCAUUGUCGCUGCGCCGGUCUUCGGCAGGGGACGGGCCGGCUUUCUCCAUCGUCAGAUGCUCGAGCUCGGAGCCCGCCUCGAUGGGGACUACUACUCAGGCGAUCCCCGGCGUUUUGGAGAGCGGAGCUGAACCGACGAUUGGUGGCGGCGGCGGCGGGGGCGGCGGCGGCGAAGAAGGGCCCCGGGGAGGUGGCGGAGGUGGAGGCGACCACGGUGGAGGUGGUGGCGGCGGCGGCGAUGGAGAGGAAGAAGAGUUCGGUCCGAUAUUGAAGUACGAAGACGUAGUGAGAGAGACGGAAGCGCGAGGCGCAAAGCUUCCUGCCGACAUGUUGGAGGCCGCCAAGAGUACGGGGCUUCGCGAGCUUAUUCUUCAACGAUAUCUGGAUUUGCAGGGGUCAUAUUGGCCACUGGGCUUUCUAAUGAACCACUGCUCAAUGCUUCGGAACAGGAUGUUGGCUGAUCCUUCUUUUCUUUUCAAAGUUGGGACUGAGAUAGUCAUCGAUUCCUGCUGUGCAACUUUCGCUGAAGUUCAGAAGAGGGGCAAGGAUUUUUGGUCAGAGUUUGAGUUAUACAUGGCUGAUUUGUUGGUUGGUGUGGUGGUAGACAUUGCUUUAGUUGGUUUGUUAGCACCAUAUGUUCGUAUAGGGCAGAAGUCUACGUCGAGAAGUAUGUUUGGACGCAUUCAACAUGCUUGCGGUUCUCUUCCCAGCAGUGUUUUUGAAGCUGAAAGGCCUGGUUGUAGGUUCUCUAUUAGGCAGCGGAUUGCUACAUAUUUCUACAAGGGUGUAUUGUAUGGAUCCGUGGGAUUUGGAUGUGGUCUUAUAGGUCAAGGAAUAGCAAAUUCGAUCAUGACUGUUAAAAGGAACAUUAAGAAAUCAGAGGAGGAUAUACCUGUGCCACCUCUUAUACAAAGUGCCGCACUUUGGGGUGUUUUCCUCGCGGUAUCUUCCAACACUCGUUAUCAAAUUAUAAAUGGCCUAGAGCGCUUGGUUGAAGCAUCACCUUUGGCGAAGAAUGUCCCACCUGUCGCAAUGGCUUUCACUGUCGGUGUGCGGUUUGCCAACAAUAUCUACGGUGGGAUGCAAUUUGUAGAUUGGGCUAAAUGGAGUGGGGUUCAGUAGCAGAUGCUUGCGCGUAAAUUAUAUUAUCCCAUGUAUACCAUUUGUCAUUCUUUGAAACGGGGACAGAAUUUCUUUGUUUGGCAAACUGUCGGUUACAUCGGUAAGAACAGUAUGAUUUUCAGGUUUUAUAA